GGGCCCUCUGGCAUUCAGAAAACGUCUCCCCCAUUCUGGAGAAUCCUGACCUUCCUGUGUCUGGUAGCGGCUCUGGGCUGCUCUCGUUCUGGUGGCUGACUCACAAACUUGUGUCUGGUUGCAGGACUGGUAUAUGCAGACUGACCUCCAGGGAGAGGCCCAGAUCCGAUCUGCAGAGGUCUCCCUUCUGGCUAUCGUGGCUGCUGUUCAGGUGGUGGAGAAGAAGAUGGAACCCCAGGCUGCCUGGCUACAGAGCCUGGAGGGACGCACGACAGCCGAGAAGAAGCUGGCUGACUGCGAGAAGGUGGCUGUGAAGUUUGGGAACCAACUGUUGCUCAGGCUGGAGGGCAAGUGGGCCAUGUUGGGGACUCUGCUGCAGGAGUAUGGGCUGCUGCAGAGGCAGCUGGAGAACCUGCUGUGCAACAGAAACUUCUGGAUCCUACCGCUGCCCCGGGGCAGCAAGGGGGAGGCCCCCAAGACGCAGGCCAGCUGGAAACACCCCAGGAGUUCUGGCCUGGAUCAAGCAAGAGGCAGGGGCAAGUGGGAGGAGCCAGCAGGGCCCACAGGAGACCACUGUGGCACACCUGUGCUCAGAGACCUGUCUGAGCCGCAAAGAGGAGUCUGGAGGGAGGGUCCGAGGGACACAAGCCAGCCUGGGCUGCUGGAGGGGGGCCUGGCAAGGAGGGCUCUCGGGGAAGCACCUGUGGGGGUCUGCUUCCUGACCCCAGGGAGCGAGAGGUGGCCUUCUUCCCUCCAGGCCCUCCAAGCCAGGCUGAGCCAGCUGCUAGGGGCAUGGAGCAGUGCCCACCUUGCGCCCAGUGGGGCCAGAGCUUCGGCUGGUAGGAGCUCCGCCCGCAGCAGGAGUGCGCGCAUCAUGCCCCAUGGCCUUUCGCUAGUGCUCAGUGUCCCAAGAGCUUCGCGCAUUGGGCCACCCCCGCCAGCCACCGCCAGGCGCAUGUGGCCCAGCGUACCUACACCGGCGCCAGAUGCAGUAAGACCUUUGUCCACCAGUCGACGCUCACACCCACUACCGCACGCACAUCGGGGAGAAGCCCUACGAGUGCGCCGAGUGCGCCAAGGUCUUCGGCGGCCGGCGGCCUGUCCACGCUGCUGGAGCACCAACACACGCACACGGGAGAGCGGCCCUUCCAGUGCGCGCAAUGUGGCUGCCGCUUCAGCUGCCUGUCCACGCUGCUGGAGCACCGGCACACACACAUCAGCGAGAAGCCCUUCCAGUGCGCCCAGUGCGGCAGGCGAUUUGCGCAGAAGCCCGGCUUCCUGCGCCAUCUGUGCGGCCACUCGCAGGAGAAGCGCUAUCCUUGCAGCCGGUGUGGCGAGAGCUUUACCUGUCCCUCCCGGCUCAUGUGUCACCAGGACAGCCAUGCUGGUCAUGCUUCUCCACCUUGCCUGGUUUGUGAGAGGGACUCCCAGAUCGACGAGCCGCCCACGGGCCUCAGGGAUGCAGUGCGGGGGAGCGCCACUAGUGAUCCUUCUGCCGCACUCAGAUUUGAGGGCACCGGUACAGAGCUGAGCCUCAGGAGGUGCCCUGGGGACAGGCAGCGGAGCUGUGGUGAUCAGGAAGGUCUUGGGGGGAGUCCCUUGGACAGUUCUUUUUCUCAUGUGAAGAUGGAGAAUGUGGGUAGCACCCAGAGAGCUCCCUAAAGGGGGUCUGAGGGCACAGGGGCAGUUGGUGCCCCUUAAAUCCAAGCGGCCUCUCCUGGGGGUCACUUCUUGGCCAGGUCGAAGUAUUCUGGCCAUGGUCAUGGCUUCCCAAGGGAGGGCUGUUCUCCCAGGCACUGCGAUUGCCCACGGGGCUUCUCGUCGCAGGGAGGCAUGCAGGGAGGCAGGGAUGUGGCCGGGAUAGAGGCCAGUCCCAAACACCUGAGCCUCACUGAGGGGAAGACCUGGGCUGGGAGAUGGGGUGGGCAGGAGUGGCCGGCUUUGCCUUGUUCUAUUAGGGGAGUGAUUUUCAGAGACAAAGGUUCCAGUUAGGAGAUGUGAUUACUCAGUGCUUUGAAGGGACAUCCAAGGUAUUCACCCUUAGCCAUAGCCGUUGGUUUCCUGGAUACUGACUGUGAAGAUUGUAAAGUGCUUCCUAGGGUGGGCAGUGGUAGCAGGAGGCCUUGGACGGAGUCCAGGCCAGGCCCAGCCUCCUGUUUAAUAGGCUGAGCCCAAGCAUCCCUCAGAUGCGAAUCCAAUAGCCUUGGUGAGUUGUAAGAUGUUUCAUGGAAACUUUCACUGACUUCUGUCUCCCCCUUGCCCCCUAUUACCUGGGAAAGGCAGCUUUGUGGGACAUGUGUCCCAGAAGGGCCUGGGCUGGCUGUGGCCCAGUGCUCAGGACCAGCCAUCUUGGCUCUCACAGGGCACUGUCCAGUUGGUGUAGUAUUUGCCUUCAAGCCGUUGUUGGAGCAGGCAGGCAAAGGGGGCUUUCUGAGGAUCCAACCUGUGCCAGUCACUGGGAUACAAAGAAGACUGAGGCCUGGUUCCUAGCUGUGGGGCUGGGAGGGGUAUCUGACGUCAGUGGUGGCACCUGGCAGAGGACACACAGACACCAGCAGGCAGCAAGGGCUGCAGUAAAUGUUGCAGAAGCACCUAAAGGUUGAGCAGAAGGGAGGUAGGAAACCUGGACGUGGGCUGCCAGCAGCUGAGAAGCCCCCCUGAGAUCCUGGUGACCCCACCACCGUCUGAAGAUUUAGGCCAAUCACUAGGGCUUUUCAGGCAGGCCCUUACGGUGGCCCGCCAGUUUGGGACCCUCCCAUUUUGAUACAUUAGUUCCCCCUCAGCUACUGGAGAUCUCAGCCACAACUGGGCUCUAGCUGUGACCCAGACUCUGCCAGCAUUCUCUAGAUCCUCAGCUGUCAGAUAAUCCCGUGUCCCCCUCCUCCUCCCCACUAAACCCCCAGUGCUUGACAUGAAUGCAUGUGUGCUUCCUAGGACUAGAGGCCGGUGCUGUCUCUAUCAUUGCCCUUGCUUUAAGGGACACACGAGCAGAUGGUAGUAAGCCCUGGAGAGCAGCACUCGGGCAAGUGAGGUGGCUCUGGCACUGCCCUUGGACUUUCAUGUUUGUAGCUUGAGUUGGUUUUUAUUGGAAGCUCUGUGAUUUACAUAAUCACUUACAACCUCUGUAAAUAAGGAACCAUUUGUGAGGAAUUGUAAAUUUCCUCUGUCCCCCUUCUUAUCCUGUCUGUGAUCUUGUUUGUGAUGCAGUAAUAAUAUUCCACUCUAGAUUCCCAUGAUCAGUGGUGAAAUAUAGUGAUUUUCACCUGUGCUUCCAUUCUGAAGCUCUGAAAAGAAGUACUGGAUGGACUGAAGUCCAGGACAAUGUCCCAAAGAAAGGCAGAGUCCAGGUGGGCUUGGAGGACCAAGGCCUGGAUGGGCACUGGAGGGCAGAGGCCUCAGUAUCAACGCCUGGAGGGCACAGGCCUCAGUGUCAAUGCCUGGAGGGCACAGGCCUCAGUAUCAUCGCCUGGAGGGCACAGGCCUAUGUCAACACCUGGAGGGCAGAGACCUCAGUGUCAACGCCUGGAGGGCACAGGCCUCAGUGUCAACGCCUGGAGGGCAGACGCCUUAGUGUCCAGCACUGUGCCCUGCACAUGGAAAGCCCCUAUGUUUGUGGAAUGAAUGAAUAAAAAUGUUUUCAUAAGUGAUGCAAUUCUCAAUUUUAAUGUCAUUGAUCUGAUAAUGCAAAUUUUAACAACACAUCUUUACCAUUUCCUGCCUUCAAUAAUAGUUGUUAAUACAUUUCCAGUAUUUCAUUGAAUCUAAGAUCCAUUGAUUGUAAGACACACCCUUAUUUUCUACUUCACUAAGCAAGGGAAAAAAUGUGUCAGUUUCACCAUGACUCUUCUCAAUGCGGGAUGAUAACUAGGUAGGUGGUGACCUGUGAGCCACUGUUACUAUUCUUGACAAUGUCAGAUCAAGUGAUUCAUUUCUUUGUUGAGACAAGGAGUGGAGUGGCACAGUCGCGACUCACGUUACCCUUGACCUCCCAGGGCUCAGGUGAUCCUCCCACUUCAGCCUCUCGAGUAGCUGGGACUACAGGUGCACACCACCA